GAUUUAUUUCACUUCUAGACAUGGCAGCGCUGAAGCAGGAGCAUCGUUAUGGUCUUUCCUGCGGAAAAAUUAGCAAAAACACUCACAAUAAAACACUUUAUCAUGUCAAGCUCACCGACACUGCCAUUCGAGCAUUGGAAGCCUACCAGAACCACAAGGGGUCCUCACCGAAUCAGCCCACUAUCUGCUUCACCGGGAACCAAGGGUACAUCAAGAUCCCGGCCCCGUGUGCAGACUCUGCAGACGGAUUCAGACUCUUCUCCUUCUACCUGUCCAGCGACAGCAAGGACAAACCACAAGCCAGCUUGGAUUGCAUUCAUCAGUAUGUCUCUGGAGAGGGCCGGGAGCAGCUGGAGGGCCAGGGCAGCAUCCAGGACAAGAUCACGGUGUGUGCCACCGACGACUCGUACCAGGUGACGCGCGAGCGAAUGUCACAAGUGGAGAAGGACAUCUGGAGCCGGUCGGCCAUCGAGAUCAAGCCUGGCUCCACACAUCCCAGCAAGUGUGUACGGAUCCAGAAGAGGCCAGCACCUCCCAGUGGGAUGGACGGCUCGCAUAGGCACUCCCCCAACGGCAGGCGGACCGGCGUGGGAGCUCCGGGGGGCCCAACGGCUGUGCGGCCCCUUCGGGAUCGCCUCAUCCACCUGCUGGCCCUUAAGCCCUACCGCAAGCCGGAGCUGCUGCUGUGGCUGGAGAGGGACCGGGCCGCCCCCAGGGACAAGGCCGACCUGAGCACCGUGCUGGAGGAGGUCGCCAAGCUGAACCCCAAGGACCAGAGCUUCACUCUGAAGGAGGAGCUCUACAGGCAGGUCCAGAAGGACUGGCCCGGAUACCAGGAGGAGGAGCGACAGCUUGUCCACAGGCUGCUGGCAAGAAAGCUGCAGGGCAGCAGCCAGUGGAAGCCGCCGCACCCGAGCCCUUCAUUCCACAGGGCCCCCGGGGACGCCCCCUCGCCCCCCGGCUCUGUCAGGAAUCUCACAGCGAAACGCUCUGUGCCGUCCGACCCACCCGACGCCCAGGGCCACAAGAAAGCCCGGCCUGAGCAUGGGCCCCCGGCUCCGCUCACCUCCGCAGGCGAGGCCCUGGCUUCUUCUGCCAGCCGCGGGGGCCCCGUCCCUCCCAGCUCCGGCUUCCGUGCUCCCCAGCCAUCACAGAGACCUGCCAGCCAGAGCGACGCCUCGCUGGCUCACCGUGGCUCCGCCCCCUCCGCCUUACCCAGCACAGAGCCGCUACCGCUACCGCCACUGCCAAGGCCUGACCCGGGAUUGGCGGACGACAUGCAGCCUGUGGGCGGCCUGCACAGGAAGAGGAAGUCCAAGAAGCACAAGGAGAAAGAGAAGGAGCGUGUGAAAGAGGGUGACGGUAGCCAGAGGCCGGAGGCCAGCCCGGACCUCAAGCGGGGCCUGGAGCCCCUGGAUGGCCAUGAAGGGGCCAGCGAACCGGCUUCCCCAGACACCCCCACAGAGAUCCCAGACUACCUGAUAAAUUACAUCACCAUCACGGAGCUGGGGCAGCGACAGAAGUACAGUGACGAUUUCUGCGCUGAGUAUGAGGAGUACAGGGACCUGCACUCGCGCAUCGGCAGCAUCACGCAGAUGUUCAUACAGCUGGGCUCCAAGAUGAAGAGUCUGUCGCCCGGCACCAAGGAGUAUAAGGUUAUGGAGGAUCAGAUCCUGGACAAGUACAGGAAGUAUAAGAAGAAGUUCCCCGACUACCGGGAGGAGAAGAAGCGCUGUGAGUACCUGCACCGGAAGCUGUCGCACAUCAAGGUGCUCAUCUCGGAGUACGACCGCUCGCGUGCCGCAUCCUAGCCACGGACACUGACCACCGGCCUGUGAUUUCAAGGACCUCCGCUCAUGUAUCGACCCUUUGUGUAGUAUGUGGAUUGGUUACCAUGUGAAGUCUCGUUCUUGGCCAAAUUUUUCCUCUUGUAGCUGGAAAAUGAAAUGCUUCUGCAGGCUACUGUUGGCGGUUACAGGCCGUGUGCAGAGCGUCACGCUGCCGGGAGUGUCGGAGCCGCCGUGCCUGGGGCUCUGCUGGCCAGACGUGGUUCUGUUAUUCGCAUGUAUUUAUCUGGAAGCCCUGAUGCUGAGGCCAGCGAUAAUGAAGGUGACUCAGAUCUCUGACGUAUGAGGAUGCAUACAGUCUGCUGCCUUGUUUCACCCACUGCCAAACCGCUCAUUGGCCAUGCUUAGAGUGAUGGACAUCAGAAGGAACCAAUAGCUGGCCAGGGUUUUUGAUGGUGCUUCUUCAUUUUAUCUGUGAUAGGCCGAACUUGCAAGGUACUGUAGCAAGGCUGAAUCGGUUACCGUGGAGGCCUGAAUCGGAGACCCACACACGCGUCUCACUGUCUGAGCCCCCAAAUUCCAGGGUUUCACUUCUCAUUUCACAUAAAUGCAUAUACAAGCAUUAUUUUUCGGGCAGAUUUUGAAUUUUUUACUUCCGGGUCGCUGUUCAUCUCAAACACCUAUGUGUUUCUGCUGUGAUUCACUCAUUGUAACACUAAUAGGGAUACAUUUGGUCAGGCCAGUGGCGAGGGUUUUCUGUGGGGGGGGGGGGGCUGCUGUGGGGCUUACUACCCCCUGUCUGAUGAAGCCCAGCUCACCCCCAUCCUGAAUGUGACAGUCAUUUUCUGUCACCCCUGUGUUAUUGAUUUACUGCAGCUGGCCACUGGUCUGCAGGACCCCCCCCCCCCCCCUCGCCGUCCAGAUGUAGUGUCCCCUCGGCAUUCAGCUCUCUCAAUGCUCAGGCUGUCUGCCCCUGGGCUUCCGAUGUUGGAGGGGGGAAUGUCAGGCCUGGACUGGUUCAGGUCUGAAAUGGCAGCAGUCGGGGGUGAUGGAUUUGCCAAAAGGACGUGGUUUCCGUCCUGAAGCCAGUGGAGUAAAAUUUCUCCCCGUGUGCUAUUGUCUGUCCGUUUAGAUGCCUUAAAUAAAGCAGACCACAUGAAACUACUACUAUUACUGUACUUGGCUACAGCUCACCACUUGAAUGUGCUCUAUUUCAGUCUUAAAUGCCAGUGUCCUCCUCUAUACUGCUGUGUCUUGGUCUCAGCCACACUAUCAAUCAGUGUGGGCACUUUUCUAUUCUUUUAAUGGGAGGGGGAAAGGCCUGGGAUUUUUUUCCCCUGCGUUUUAUGCAUGUGUAAUGUGUUCCUCAUAUAGACUGUGGUUUCUGCAGUAGAAUGGGUUCAUUUUGCUCCUGUAAAUGUGCUUUAAAUGCUUCGAUUCAUCUGAUUUCUGCCGGAAAAGGAUUCCAGAAUCAAAAAAGUGUAACUAAAAAAAUGUUUUUCGAGGUUUUUCUGUGGAGUAUUAGGUAGGUGUUGUUGCUUCUCUCGUCAGAAAGCAGGGCCGUCGAGUAGGCGUCUGCCCGAUUUGCUGGGCGUUUGGGGCUUGUGUGCUGCAAUGUGUAACAUAGCCGAUAGCAGCAGUCUUAGAAAAUGGUAGAUUUGACUCCAUCGACAAUAUCUGCUGUUUAUUUUCAUCUUAAUUUAUUUCCUUUUUAGAUAUAGAUGGCCCGUGCCACCGAUCGGUGGCUUCGGAUCCGUGUGUAGGUGUCAGGUCCCUGGUGGCACCUCUGCCGACCUCCACCAAAGCGACUCGGGUCGCUGGCUUGGGGUGACGGUGCACCAAUACUAUGGUACCUUGUACCGUUUCAGCCGCCUGUCGUCAUAGAGCCUGCCGAUAGUGGGCAGUGGGGAGCCUGUAAUCCAGAAAAUAAAUGGAGAAAUUUAAAAACCGCCCAUUAGUUACUCGCCGGUUUUGGGUGAAUGUGCCUUCUGUGGGGUGGG